AUGGCCUUUGUAGCCCUCGUCUUUAUCGCCAGCGCCCUGGCUUAUUACACGCUCCGUGCCGCUUACAACAUCUUCAACAACCGGACGAGGAAAUCACAACGCAACCCUCCCCAAGAUGCGAUACCCAUGUACCCGCACCUCGACCCUUUUUGGGGCCUCGAUCUCUCGCUCGCCAUGUGGCGAGAUUUUGCCCGCGGCCGGCUCGCCGAGGGCCUGCGCCUGCGGCACGCGCGCUGCGGUGCGACGUUCAAGGCGCGCGAGCUGCUCGGCGGCGCGUGCAUCUACACCGUCGACCCGGCCAACAUCCGCGCCGUGACGACGUCGCAGUUUACGCACUUUCAAAAGUCGGCGUGGGUCGACGAGGCGUCCAAGCACAUUGGCCACGGCGUGCUGAUGAACGAGGGCAACGCGUGGCGACGCUCUCGCCAGCUCCUCAAGCCCGUCUUUGCCAAGACGGCACUCGACGAGCUGGCGCUGGUCGAGCCGCACGUGCGGAACAUGGUGAGGGCGAUUCAAAGGCACGAGGGCAAGACUUUUGACUUUAUGGAGCUGGCGACGCGCUUCUCGCUGGAUGUGGUGACGGAGUUCCUGUUUGACGGCUCCGUGGACAGCUUGUCGUCGACGAGCGGUAUGGACGGCAGAGACUUUCUGGACCUGGUAAAAGCGUUUGAGCCGGCAUGCGGUCUCUUUAUCGCCGUGGGCGCGCUGGCUUGGCUUAAGCUGGCCUUUUCGUACAGGAAGCUACUGGCUGUCGUUGGCGGCAUGAAGGCCUUUUUCAAGCAGCGCCUGGACCUGCUCCGCGAAAAGCAGCGAUACCUGCACCGCGACGGCGGCCGCAAGAGCAGCACCUCGCUCUUUCGUAUGCUCGAGCAGGAGGGCCUCUCGGUCGAUGACAUGCAGGCCGAGCUGCAAAACAUCUUCUUUGCCAGCUUCGACACGACGACGGCGCUGCUCGCCAAUCUGGUGCAUGCCCUCGCUCAGCGACCGGACAUUCAGAAAAAGCUCCGCGACGAGAUUGCCAUCCUUCAAGGAGCGAUACCUACGAAGCAAGAUAUUUCUGCCAUGCCCUAUCUGCGCUGUGUUUUAUACGAAGGACUCCGCCUCUACACACCCGUGGCCUCGCACUCCCGGCAGGCUGCCGUCGACACCACGCUGCCCCGCGGCGGCGGGCCGGACGGCCAGUCGCCGGUGGCCGUGCGCGCCGGCACGUCGGUCAUUUGGAGCAUCUACGCGCUGAACCGCAGCCCGCUGCACUACGGCCACGACUGGGCCGUGUUCCGCCCGGAGCGCUGGGCAGACAAUCUGCGCCCGCUCGCAACGUCCCCGCACUUUAUGCCGUUUGGGUCGGGCCCGCGGUCGUGCAUCGGCCAGCAGAUGGCGCAGACGGAGAUUUCGUACGUUCUGGUGCGGCUGUUGCAGGCGUUUGGCACGCUGCGAAGCAGAGACGAGCGGCCGUUUCGCGAGGCGGAAGCGGUGUCCUUUUACAGUGCGCACGGAACAAUGGUGGAAAUGUCUUGA